GUCUCAGGGUCUGUGGAGUCUGGACCUGUCCGGAGCCCAGCAGCUACCUUCGAAGGUUCUUUCUGAAACCCUCCACAGUCUCCCGGCUCUGCGCUCGCUCUCCCUGGCUGGCAUGCCUUGUGACAAAUGUGUAAUCAGGACAAUUGCUCGCUGCUGCCGUUUGUUGCGACAUCUCGAUGUUUCCCGCUGUCAUUUGCUUUCCCCAGCAGCUCUGCUUCCUCUUGGAGGUGGAGCUUUCUGCUCAUCCACCGGCAGUUCCUCUCCAACCCUACCUCCUCUUCCCCUCUGCAGUCUGCUGGCUCUGGAUAUUGGGUUUGGGGAACAGGAGGAAGACUCUGUGGCAGCAGCAGCCUACCUCCUCCUCUCCCUGACUUUCCUGCAAAGACUGGCCAUGGAGGGCCUCGGACAGGCCUGCUGUCUCAUCGAGUGCAGAGACUUCGGCCGGACGGAUGAGUUUACUAACAGGGAAGGAGUUCACGGGCUGGAGGAGGUGUGGAAGGAUAGGAGAAAUGAGCAGGGCAGUGAGAGUUGGAGGAAGAAGAGGGAAAGAGCAGCAGCAGUUACAGAAGAGGAGGAUGAAGAAGAGAAGGAGGAGAGGAUGUUAUGGGAGGAAUACACUAGUGAGACUGAAGAAGAUACAAGUAGAGACGAAGGGCCAUCUUGUUCUCAGAACCGAACAGAGGAGGAAAAAAAGAGAGUUUUGCCACAGUCGGGCCUGAUCCUGCAGCUGAAGGAUGUUAAAGGCAUAAAUUGUGACUGUCUGGACAGUUUAGGCAAACUAUGUCCGGGAAUCUGUUCCAUAUCUGUAAACAUUGAUAAUUAUGAAGAUGCUCAAGAUAGAAGUCUGGGGUCUCUGUUAGCUGCAGGUCUGCAGACCUGGUCAGACCAGCUGCGGAUCUUCUCAGUACAAUUUCCAGGCCUUCUGGUGGAUCUUCUUCCUGCUUUGCAGGUUGCAGGCUCCUCCCUGGUCUCUCUCACUGUGGAGGGGGUGAGAACAAGCCCCCACAGCCCACUACUGGAGGUCAUCAGGGCUUGUCCUAGACUCAAAGAGCUAUUCAUCUCCGCUGAGCCUCCUACAACAGCACAGGAGGAGGAAGAUGAGGAGGAUCAACGGGAUGAUGGGGAUCUUCCACAGUUGCCUAACCUCUGCUCUCUCACACUAAAUUUCUCCUAUGAGCACAGCCGAAUGAAGCCCACCAUGUCCUGGAUGUCCCUGAGGAAGGUGCUCAAGUGUCUCCUGACUGGUUCUCCUUUACUGGAGAAGCUGUCGCUGGUCUCCCUGCCAUGCCCUCUGAACUGCAUUUUACACGAUGUGCUGCGUAUAAUGGACUUGCACGGUUUUGCAGAUCCCACAGGCUCACCUCUUGUGCCACUCGGACGGGUGCGGCAUGUUGACCUGCUGCGAACCGACGUGACGAUGGCAACUGUGAAAGGUUUAAUGCAGCGAAGUAAGAGACUCAAGUAUGUUGAUGUGAGUUACUGCUGGCAGAUCAGUCAGCUUGAGUUGUCGAACUGCAAGAUGUCCAGAAAAGUCCAAGUUGUGUGGGUUUAGUGACGAGAUGACCAGCUUCCAUCACAGGAGCCCCUGUUGAAGAGGAUGAACAGUGCUUUAAAUUACCCAAAUAAAAACAGAGUGCAGUUUUUAUAUCAUCAGUUGUACGAGCAUCACAGCUUCUGUGACUAAAACUUUAUAUUGUUUUGUUAUUUUUGUAGCAGAGAUUGAGCAAUAGAUUUUUUGUACUGGACAUCUUUAGUACUUCAAUACGUCAGUGUCAAUAUAGAGUCGCUUUGAACAUCAUACUUGAGGGAAUGUGAGAUCCUUUGCGGUUGAUAAGGUAGGUAAGAUUAAAUUUAAGGUUGAUUUAAUGGUUUUCUUUCACUAAAU